GGAAAUGGAAGUUUAAGGCCACAGAGAUUUACAGCGGUAAACAUUUUCUAAAAAGACCUGCUGGAGUUAGCGUGAUUAUGCGCCGUGCGAGUGUGGACGGUAUAUUUGUGUGGAAGCCAAGGCCCCCGCUUAUAAUGGCGGCGUUCUCGUACCGUGGCUUCAGUGCUGCUUGAGCCAUGGCUGUGAACGCUGGUACGUCCGUGUCGCGAGAGCGUUAGUUGUCAGUGACUGUUUCUCAACGCCUUGUUAAAGAAUAUUCGCCAAGAAACGACAGUGACUAAAUACCUCAAGAUUUUUACCUAAAAUACGGAUCAUUUCAAGACAAUAGUGUAUCUCCUUUUCCACUCAAGGUGUAUGAGUAUAGAUGCAUUACUCAGAAGUAAUAUAUCCUCACAAUAGGCUAAGUUGAGAUUUGCCGUGCUGGAUUACAAAGAAAUAAAGCAGUGAAGUACGAGCGUAAGAGGAGUUGUAAAUUGUGAUAUUUGAAAGUGAAUUGUGAAAAGUGAGUAAGUGAAAUAACAAAGAUAAAAAAUUAAGUUAAAAUGAAUGAAAUUCAGGAAAACAUGCGUCAUGGUGUGGUAGGUUUCCGUCAUGGACCUCGCUUGGAACCUUUCGACUCGAGGCACAAGACGGUGCCCGAUCUGUGCCCGAACGAGGAAACAAACUCUUCCCACACUACGCCCAAGGAGGAUGUCAGCCCCUUGGUAGCGCCCAUGGUGGUGCGAGGAGGGGCGACAGCGGCAGCAGCAGCGGUGGCGGCAGCGGCGGCGGCGACGGCGACGGCGGCGACCGGAGCAUGUGGCGCUACCAAUGGUGGAGCAUUAUCCCCCACGACCUCCCCAAGCUCUGUCCCUACAUUCCCCCCAGUGCCAACGUUAGUGGCAGGCAAAUAUCUCUUGACUCGACCUCUAGACCAUUCCGCGUGCCACGCCACACACAUCCACACAAGGCAGAAUUUACUGGUGAAGCCCCUAGAUGGCAGAGCAGCCCAUGAACUGGUAGCUCACCACGCCCUAAUGGGUGGGUGUGAUGGCGUACGUUCCCCCAUAGAGAUGGUCGUGUCGGGGUGCAGACGGAGGGCGUGGGUGGUGUAUGCCGCCCACCACGGGGACCUCCAUUCCUACGUCCGAGUGAGGCGUCGGCUGCGGGAGGUGGAAGCCCAGAGGUUAUUCACCAAGGUGGCUGUGACCGUGGCCGCCUGCCACGACGCCGGCCUUGUGCUCAGGGACCUCAAACUACGGAAAUUCGUCUUCACGGAUCCAGAAAGACAUCAGUUGUCGCUGGAAAGCUUAGAAGACAGCGUAUUGGUGGGCGAUGAAGAUUGGCUCCAGGAUAAGCACGGUUGUCCUGCCUAUGUCGCCCCGGAAAUCCUUACCUCAUCUUCGUAUUCUGGAAAGGCAGCUGAUAUGUGGGGGCUGGGAGUCAUGCUCUACACUAUGCUUGUGGGAAGGUAUCCAUUCCAUGAUUCAGAUACGUCAUCAUUGUUUGCCAAAAUCAGAUGUGGUGAAUUCAAAGUUCCAGAAUGGGUAAGCUCUAGGGCACGGCACUUGAUUACAGCCCUAUUAAGGCGAGACCCUGCACGCCGAUUGGCUGUUCAAGAUGUUUUGUCGCAUCCCUGGCUGACCAGACCCCCCCGUGACCAUCCACCCAGGGACCCAAGCGAUCACACCGUCCCUACCAUGUUUAUUCAACCAUCAAAUCAUCUGUGUCACCCUGAAAAAAUGUCAUCCUUAAGCUCCUCUCCCUCUUCAUCUCAUUCUUCUUCUUCCAUGAACCAUACACCAAGUUUCUUUGGCCUUUAAGUAAAACGUAAAAUAUUAAUUAAAGUUCUCCUAGACUGCAUAGAGCUAUGGCAUAUCCUUUGCUUCGUAAAAUCGCCAGACAUUCUCUCUCUCUCUCUCUCUCUCUCUCUCUCUCUCUCUCUCUCUCUCUCUCUCUCUCUCUCUCUCUCUCUCUCUCUCUCUCUAAAUGAGGAGCUAUUGGAGACAGGCUAUGAGUUGGCAACCCUGUUCUUGAGAGUUAAAGAGCGAGUAGCUCUUCCAACUGAUAGCAGUGUUCCUCCCAUGCCAAAAAGAGUUCGUUUUCAGUUACAAGAGAACGAUGUAAAACACAAGUGCCAUGCAUUGCAUUACAUUUCAUCUUAUCAGCAGCCAAAUGGAGCUGGUACGAUAGACUGCCAGAUGAGAGAGGGAUCCUUGCGGUUAUGGUUUGGUUGACAACCACCAUUUUCCGUACUUCACACUUAAAAAGAGUCCCAAACACUUCAUUCUAUAUCUCUUGUCUUUCACGCUGGGUCACCUACAUGACCUGCAUGCUGGUCGUUGUUCAAUGGUACAGUCACUGUGUGGGGUAUCAAAGGGCCUCCAGAUGCGACAUCGUGAACUGCUGAACGUAAUUGAAGUGGAUGAAAUUAUCCGGGUUGAAUGAGAAUUGUCAUUGAAUUUAUUCUUGAUACACCAAUGACACAAGAAUAUGGGUGGAGGUGCUUUCCUUGCCUUUUCGAAUAAAGUAUACUUGUUUAAAAUACGGAAUGAAGAAUAUUGAAGUGUAAAUGAAGUGGAAAUAAUUGCAUGAACAUUUUUUCAUAUUGUGCCCUGUGUAUAUUUUGUAAGUGCUUUCCAUAUCAAAACCAGUGCAACUUCUAUGAUACUAAUAGAAUUCACUUCUAAAUAUUUUUGGCAGUUUAAUAGUCUGCUACGCAAUGUUUACCCCUUCCUUAGUCUUAGGAAAAUAUCAGAAAGAAAAAACGAAAAAAGGAAACCAGGUAUUUUUCAUGGAAUUUAAUCUCGAUACAAACAGAAGGAAAAUAUCCUUGCAGUGUAUUUUACUAUUACGUGUCUGUGUGCGUGCAUCAGCAUACACAGUACUUGUACACGGGUUUUUUUUUUUUUUUUUUUUUUUUUUUUUGCAUAUACACGCGCACGCAUGCUCUCGCAAACAUCAUAAUUAAGUUGGGAGCACUGUAGAAAUCUGUGAUAAAAAAACUACGUCUUCAAGGUUUCUGGGUUCCAUUUACACGUGCAUUAGAUACUGAGAAUAUUCCAUAUCACAGAGCGUCUAUCCUGAAGUGGUAGCUACAAAGGCAUCGAUCGGUGGACGCUGAUCUGAAAAAGAAUUGUUAGUUUUUUCUUUUCCUUGUUAUACUUUUCAUUCGUUUCAUUUAUUUUUUCCGCACAAUUCGUUUUUCAACCUUGAAGAUGAGUUACUUGUUUUAGAAGAUAAUAUAAUCUCUACAGAUAUUUUUUAGCAUUAUGGUUCGCCUCUGAAUUAAUGGCAAAACAAGUUCUGUACCUCUUUGUAACUUUAAAAAGUAAAUAAAUUAUUCUAUCAAUGAAGUUAAAGUACAAUAUUAAAUAGUAGAAUGUAAAUAUAGUUGUGUGUGCAUAAUUAUGGGCUUUGAAGGAAGAGUAGCUGCUGAAUGCAAUACCGUAAAUGUAAUCUUUCUCAUUAAUUACGCUCUGACAAAUUUCCAGUCAUUCAGUUCAUUCAAGGAUAAUGCAAAAGGUUUGAUCAUUCAUUUCUGGAAAGCCCUUGCAGGAUUUCCAAUUGUUUUCAGUGGUUCAGAUAUUGUCUAGUUAAAUGUCUUAAGGAAUGCAGAAGACCGGUUGAUUAACAUUGCAAACACAGCAUCUUAGGAUUGCAACAGUCUUCAUGAAAUCAUUUGUCGAGUUGGUGUCAUUGGUUCCAGAUUGGCAAAGUUACUCUUAACAGCUUUCUUUGUUGCACUUUUCUUUUGACGUGAAAGUCACACUUGUUGUUAUACCUACUAUUCAUUUUCAUUGCCAGUGGAUCCGAUGUCGUCUGUCUGUCCUGUCUUUAUGACAUUAAUUGGUUUACUGAUCAAAGCAUCAAUUGUUAUGGAACAAUAUGGAAUUUUUGGGCAUUCCAGCCCCUCUGUGGAUUUAAUUAGCUUUAGUGUGCGUUGGAUUGUGCGUCUGUGGAUGUAUCAUUUUACCCAGUGAAAAUAGUAUGGUGAGCUGCUCCUGAUAGGGAUGUCACGUCAAUUUUUUUCUUCUUCUAACUUUUCUCCUUUUCACCUUACGGGCAUUCCUUGCUCACAAGAAGGUUGCAUGGUCGAUAUAGUGUUUGUCGUAGGAGGUAGUUAACUGAAACAUAUCCAUAUUUGUCUUGAUUAAAAAGAAUAGGGGAAAAUUAGGUUAAUUAUAACUCAGUUAAGGGGAGACUUUCAUGCCAUGUUUAUUCAGGAGUUUGCUGCAAGGAAUGACCCAGUGUGUUUGUUCCGCGCAUCGAGUGACUACGGUUGAUUGUCAUUGUGUCAAAUCUUCUCCCACGCAUCUUCCCUUUUGGGCGUUUUUUUUUUUCUUUUUUUUUUUCUCAUCUCUUCUCCACGUCAGGCAUGAGACAAAAUAGUUACGCUUAGUGCGAGAUGAAAGAAAGGAGCAGCAUUGUCAUUUAGUUUUUUUUCUGUUAUUGAUCUUGUCAGGGGGGGCAUGCAUAAUGAGUUGGGAUAGACGCUUCAACAGUGAUUGGUCAGUUAUUUUUAUACUCUGUUACUUGUAAUAUAUACGUAUAAAUAAAUAUAUACAUACCAAUAUCUAAGUCCUCCUAUAUCGUAGCACUACAUCAAAUACUGUGUAUUGGUUGACAUUUUUACUACAGUGCUAGUCGCUUCACACAGGUAGAAAUGCCAAGUUUAGUAGGUUGAACAAAUGAUCAGUUAAACUACUCAAACAAGUUGUGCUCCCCUGACGUAACGUGAUUUAUGUAUAAUUUGUUUUAGGCAAAAAUUAUUUAUUUUCAAAGAGGGUCGUUCUUUGACCCCCAAAGGAUGGCGUUUAUGAUAAGAUGGUACACAUUUUCUUAACUGGUAAGUGGAUGGAAAGAAAGGUCCGAGAAACCAAAUUAAGUUUUCUUUGAGUUGGUCAAGCUUAUUAUUGUUCAGUUUCCUUGGCUUUGUUGCAGAAACCCUUACUGACUAGAACCAAACUCGAGUUGUGUUAGAUAUCAGCAUGUUACUAUUAAGUUUAGUCAUAUUAUCUUCGGCCUUGAUAAUCGUUUCUAAGCUUAAUUUGUAACCUCAGGAUUAUUGAGGAAGAUUACCAUGACCAAAGCUACCUAUGCAUUUGCACAUCAUCAUAUUCUUCGCGUAAAUAGCUAACAUGUUAAAGCAUUUUUUACGAGGUCAGUGAUUAUGUCAGUGAAUUUGUUAGAAUAUGUUCUGAUAGAUUCUUUUUAUAACUAUCCCCCGUGUAAAAUGUACUUCAGCUUGUGCAUAGGUUUUUUGACAAUUUUAGUGGUGUUGCACAUUUGAUGAUUGUAGAAAAGAAAAAAAAAAACCUGACAUGAUUGUAUGUAGCAUAUUUGAGAGUGGCGCAGCCCUUGUCAUAUCCAUGCAAAGAAUACAGGUAUUUUGGGUAUAAUCCUUUGGUGUACUGUAUGUUUGGCAAGGCAUUUUUGUACUUUUUUUUUCUACCAAACAUCUUGUGUAUCAACCAUUAGAGAACCUAUUGACUUGGAGUCUGCUUUUUUCAUCUUCUUAAUUUAUUCAUUGACAGUGUGAGACUGGAAUUCUGAGAAUGCUGACACAAUGCUCACUAAAUUCUCCAAGUAUUUCAGUUUGGGUUCUCUGCUUGUGUCGUAAAUUUUACUGAAGGAACAGACAAAAACUAUUUGUCUCUAUGGGCAAUAUUUCAGAAAAAAAUAAAAAUAAAAAAAUAAAAAGGAAUCAAGUAACAUACCUAAAAAUGAUUAUAUAGAUCAUUCUUUUGCUGAAAAUUGUGCUUACUUGGUCUUCUUAGGUUUUAGUAUCAUAAAUACUAGCGUAUUCAAGCCACUGUUUAGGUAUCGUAUAUUUUGGGAAAAUAGUUUGUAAUCUGAUCUUUCUACCAAUUAUGACAUGUCAUUGCCAUGAUGCUCUUGUACAGUUUGUAUAUAAUGUAAUGUGAAUAUUCCAUGUUAUAAUAAAAGUUUAUGAAAUGC